AUUUGGAUCAGAUGGAUGGAGCAAAUAGAACAAAGCACUGCAAAGCGUUACACGGACCAUGGCUUAUACAUUGUAUUCUGAUUUCAUUAAAUCUGUUGAGUCUGCCCAGCAGACUGCCGAUUUCAACAAAUCUGUCGUGUUCAGUUCAGGCUCUACAGAAUGCAGCACUGUGGAGGUAGAAGAAUGUACAAGAAAAGCAUGAGUUUAUGGUCCAAAAAUACAUAUAGUGUGCUUGAAAUAGCCAUGCCAGUUUGCUUCAUUCAUAUCUAAAAGAGUCCCACAAAAAGUCCUCUGAAGGUCUCUGAACAAUCUGAUUUGUCGUAGAGGAAUUCAUCAUCAGUGAAUCAUCAUGUGCAGACUCAUUUUAUUUUACACAAUACCAGGGAAGCAGUUUGUGAAUUGCUAACACCUCAAUUGAAUACAAACAGAAACUGUGUCAUCACAGGAGCACUUUCUAUUGAACCACAGGAAGUUAAUGUUCACUAAUGGGGAUGUAUGUCGUUUUUCAAAAUGCUAUCAAUACCACACAGUUUCGAGCCACAUUUUAAAAGAGACUGAACCUUUCUAAUCAGUAGGCCUAAUUGAGGGCACAGUGCAUUGUGAAUAGGCCUACAACCAAAACAAAUUAGAUCAUUUUCAGCCAUGUGAGUAAAUCACAGUGCACAUAUUACUAAUGCAGUUUUGAAACAGUGCAUAUAAUCAGUAAUCCAUAUUGGUUCUUUCAACUCAGUACAAUUAAUUGCGUUAAUUUGAUUAAAAGCAUUUAAAUCUGAGUAGGCUAUAAUAAUAUUCUUACAUUAUUAUAUUUUAUUCUUGACAUAACAUAUAUGCUGCUAGGAUAAUUAUCAAUAUUUCACCAUAUGAAAAAGGUAACUGUCAUAAUAUGAAUGGUGAAGUUAUCCUUUUAAUAUAGCCUCACUACAAAUAAUUAAUUGAGCUAUGUGGCCCACAUCAUAGAACUGCAGCUGGUAAACCUACUUCCCUAGAGGAUUGUGGGGUGCAUUUUAGUGCCCAAAAAUCAAUGGCACACAAUCAAUGUCUCCAUGUUGAAGUGCUUUCCCGUUUCAGUGCAGUUCAGUCCGUGCCACAUGGAACAAUUCACAAAGAGGGUCAGAGUGAGACAGACACACAUAGACAAACACAAUAUAGGAGCUAAAGGUCCUCUGAAGCUCAGUUGUUCAGUGGUGUUUGAAGGCAACAGUGUGUAGGAUUUACCCAUCACGCCAAGGGGGAAAUGACAGACUUCACUGAAGAAGAUUUAGACCACUUCCUGCUAAAUCAGGUGGACCUGAGGCAUCGGCUGGUGUCCAAAACAGUGGAAGAGGUCCAGAAGAUAAUGAAGGACCUCACGUCUGAAGUCAGUAAUAAGGAUGCUCGUUUCCUCUCCAUUGCAAACUCUGGAGUUCAUAACAAUGACAACGUGAAAGAUCAACCAGCAUUAUUGUCUAAAUGGACAGCUCUACUGCGAGGAAAAUAUGCCUUCAACCCUGCUAUUCAGGUUCUGACACCCACGCUGUUCCUGAUCUCGGUUCCGGUGAAGGGACUGAUGGGAUACAAGGAGCGUCGGACGCGCCAGUGGCGAUACUACUCGCUGACGGGCUCGCGGCUGCUCUCGCCCGUGCGCGAGCCCGAGAAGCUGCACCAGUGGCUGGAGCUGGAGAGCUUCGCCAAUGCCUCGCAAGAGUGGCAGGACGCCGCCGUUGCCAUCGAGGGCGACAUCGUGCCCUCCAAGGUAGCCACCGUCUUCAGGGAGCAGCUGGAGGAGGCCAUCAAGAGCUGCUCGCUCACAGGGAAAGUCAGCAUCCUGGAGUCGGUGGGUUCGGUGGUGCGGGUUGCUGUGGAGACGUCGGAGAUGCAGGUGGAGGCGGAGCUGGUGCCCACCGUGGAGCUGAUGAAUUGCUGGCCCAAGAAGGGCCGCUGGCCCCGCCUGCUCAAAAGAUGGCCGUCUGCCGAGAGAGCCCGCUGCAUAAAGUCUUUUGGCUUUAACCUGAUGGCCACAUCAAACUACCACUGGCUUUUGUCCUUCUCGCGGGCGGAGCAAGUGCUGUUGGGAAGCAUCGAUGAAGAUGGAGGCUGCCGCCGGAAGUGUUAUCGAGUCGUCCGGCAACUCAAAGAGGAUGUGUGGUGUCCUGGCAAUAAGCCUGUCAUCACAACCUAUCACUUGCAGACACUGCUGUUCUGGACGUGUGAGAAGUACCCCGGGGCUCGCGACUGGAGGAACCUGCGGGAGAGCGUCCUGCAGCUGGCCAGGAAGCUGCUCAAGUGCGCCACCCAGCGCUACCUGCGCCACUACUUCGUGCGCUCGCACAACCUGCUCAAGUACACCAACACCAACGAGCUGGACGACAUGGCCAAGAAGAUCGCAGAGUUCCUGGAAAACCCAGGGACCUACAUACACUGAGUGCGGGGGGGUGUUUGCGGGGUAGUGGGUGGGGAGCUGAGGUGUUCAUUGAGAGCUAAAGGAUUGUGUGUGUGUGUGUGUGUGUGUGUGUGUGUGUGUGUGUGUGUGUGUGAACCAGAUGUGACUAGAUGUUGGUGUUUUAGGCUCAUGUUAUUACCAUUAUACGUGUAUUAUUAAGCACACACACCCUCACACACGCACACACACACACACACACACACA